AGACAGAGAUGAAAAUGUGGAAAUAUUUCAACCAUUAGCCCUCCCGGAUCUGGAGGGUAGCAGCUGGCAGCACUGCACCCCUUCCAUUCCUUAAUCAGUUCUUUGGCGCUUUUUUACCGGCUUGUAAAGACAAGCCAUCAUCUUCCAGACAUUUUAAUUCGAUCGCCUUGCUCCAAAGGACGCUCACUCAAAGUUUUUUUAGGAAACCGCUUAACUAGAAGGCUAGAAAAUGGCUUUGGCUUCGUCUGACCACCCUGUGCAUCAGUCGCCGCCAUCGGCUGGGGGAGAAGAUCACACUUUUAGGCAAAGAAUCGCUGUGCAAUACCAACAGAGCGCUGUAAACAAGUCAAGACUGAAGUAUUGCGUGUUUCUCCAUUACUUUCUAUGCUUUGCUAUGCUUGCCAAACUGGUACCCUACAUCCUUGAUAGGUUCAACUGGUUCAUCCUGAUCGUUGAAGAGCUUGAAGUACCAGAACCUUUUGCCUGGGAAUGGUUUUGGUUGUCCAGUAUUACGGCCUCAGCCUUCUGCUUGGAUGCCAUUAAGAAGAACAGUGUUACUUCUAUGAGGAACUACAUCAUUUCCAUCGUGCUCCUUGGAUAUCUCCCCAUUCUCUAUGCGCUGGUUUUCUGGUUUUCAGAAGUCUACAUCUUCCUCGUCUCGGAUGACUAUUUCGAUGUGGUCGAUCUCGUUUACUGGAGGAUGUAUCCAUGCGGAUUACUCUGGUAUGCAUUCCUGAUGAUAGCACUUCAAGUGCAUUCUUUCUCCAUGUACUUCAGCUUCAAAUUGAUCACUGCUUGGAAGACCAGAGGCGCUCGUAGGGCUGAAUAGACUCCCAAGGACUGAGAAGUGUCUACAUAUUUCCAAUACUUUUCAAUGCCGUUAUUUUCGUUUUUACAAUGUUCUGUAGGUAGGUAAGGGUUUCUAAAGUACAUAUAAAACUUGCAUCAAAGUUUGUGAUAAAUUUUUUAGGAUAAUUAGACCAACUUACAAGAUAUUUGAUAUUUCAUGUAGUAUUUUGAUAAAACGUGUUGUUUGUAACUUUAGAAAUGCCCUAUUUAAGGUUUGAACCGUGCCAUAGGGUUUAUUUGCGGUAAAGUUUCAUAUCUAUAUUUUUAGAUUUCAGAUUAUUCAUAUACGCUGUAUCCGUGCAAGGCAUAACUGCAAUAUUUUAGUAACUUAAUAGUUUAUGUGGCUUGGACGGAAACUGAACUGAUGUUUUAUAGGCUUAAGUUAUGAAGUUUUGUUUUAUUUAUUUCGUUUGUUGUUUUAAAUGUUUUAUGUGCCUUUAGUUGUUCAUAGUAAAGAUUCUGGAGCAUUUAGCAUAAAUAGCCACACUUAUAUUAGUCGUUCAGUUACAGUUCAGUCACGUUUUUUUUGUACAGUAAAAAAAACGUGACUGAUAUAUUGACAAAAAAAACUUCUGUGGCUAUUUUUGUUACAAGCUGACGCUUUACUAUGCAUAAAAGGUUUUAUACUGCGACAAUUAGCAGCCGGUUUCGUUUGUUUUAGUCUAGAGAGUUUACUGAUUGAUGGAAUUGAUGUAUUUUUCUUCACUGGAUAAAAUUCAUUUGUUCUAUCGAACUGUUGUUUUUGAUAAUCUGUACUAGACUUAAUAAAAAUUUAAAAUAUU